AUGUCUUCCUCUACUACCCUUGACAAAAUCAACGUCGUCAACGACCCUCGGAUCCGUCGCUGUUCUGCCACCAUCAAUGGCAAGACAUACGGAUAUCUCCUCGCCGAGCCUGAGGGCGGCUUUACUCGCACGGUCUUCUUGAUUCACGGUUUCCCAGAUUUGUCCAUGGGCUGGAGAUACCAGAUUCCUCUCUUUCUCAAAUUUGGCUUCCGCGUCGUUGCUGUUGACUGUAUCGGAUACGGACGAUCAGAUGCACCAACUGACUCUCUCGACGCCUAUUCCUACAAGUCGCAUGCCGAUGAUUUGGCUGAACUUGGAAAGCAACUCGGCUGCCAGAAUAUCGUUCUCGCCGGUCAUGACUGGGGCUCGGUGAUUGCCUCCCGUUUUGCUCUCUACCACCCUUCUUUCAUCACCCAUCUCAUUCUCUUUGUUGUCCCAUAUCUCCCUCCGUCACCGAAAUACAUCGAUACGGCUGAUCUCGCCAAGCUCGUCCCCACAGUUGGGUACCAGCUGCAAUUCGGCAGCGCAGAAGGCGUGGUUGAGUCCCAUACUCAAGAUAAGGAAGGUAUCCGUGCUUUCCUCAAUGGCCUGUACGGUGGGGCCACUCCUGAAGGCAAAUUUGCAAUGGACUCGACCCGCGGUUUCGACUUCGAGGUGGCUACUAAGCUGGGUCACACAAGAUUGCUCAGUGAAGAAGAACUGCAGUAUUAUGUGGAGGAGUACUCGAGAAAUGGGCUCCAAGGACCUUGCAACUACUACCGUAUUCGCCAGCAGAGCUGGACCGACGAGCAUUCCCUCUUGGCCCAGGGCAAAGAGGCGAUCUCAAUCAAGUGCCCCGUGCUUUAUGUUCACGCGCUUGCUGACCUUGUGGUUAACCCUGAGAUGGCCAAAGCCAUGGUACCCUUUGUACCAAACCUCAGCGUGAAAGAAGUCGAGGCAGGGCAUUGGGCUCUGUGGCAGAAGCCAGCGGAGGUCAAUUCUUUUGUCACAGAGUGGUUGCAGCAGCAGGGACUUGUUGACUCAGCCAAGCUGCCUCCAAGACGGCGGGAUGUGCGAGAACCAAGUGGCAUUCAUGAGUCCAGGGUUGAGGAAAGAGAUGAUGCACAUUCCAUUAUAACCCCCUCAAAGCAUACACCAAAGGCAUUUCGAGUCUUACGGGGCUCCGUAUCGGCCGGUGGGCCUCUGCGUCCUUUUCGAUUGGUGAAGCAGGAUAUCAUCAACCUGCGCCGCCGAUAUGUUUCGGACUGGACUAUAUUUAACCAAUUGAUCUUCGCUAGCGCGGUAUAUGUAUUCUUCACUAACCUUCUCCCGGGGAUUACUUUUGCCAGUGACUUGUUCUCUAUUCAGCCUCUGACAAUCCUUGGUGUUACUGGACCCUUCUCUGUACUAGCAGAGAAUAUCUAUGCAUUGUGUGACGAAGUUUUCAAGGUGCCCUUCCUCCCUUUCAUGGCAUGGUCCUUGAUUCAUGCGGCCUGGUUGCAUUAUAUUCUAGCCAUAAUCAAUGCACACGACUGGACUAUGCGCUAUGUGACAACAUUCGCCACAGAAAUCUUCUCUCUCCUGAACAGCAUCAUCUAUUUCCACAAGGCCAUCCAGGAGCUUGAAAGAGCACAUGACACCCUCUCGUUCGCCGCUUUCCUAUACGCUGUAAUCGGUGCUGUCGGAACCAUGCUCCUCGCCAUCUUUCUCUCCACAGCUGAGAGUUGGAAGCCUUUAUUCCAUCGAUACAUCCGAAUGGGGCUCACAGAGUACGCCGCCGCAAUAUCCAUCAUUGUCUUCAUCGCCAUGCCCCAUAUCGGCGAAUUAGCACACCUCGACAAGAUGACUCUUCCCGUCAGCAACUCCUUCAAACCCACAUCACCAGACCGUGAUAAGUUCUUCGUUGAGUUCUGGACCUUACCCGUCGGAUGGGUCUUCGCCGCCAUAGUGCCAGGAAUCAUAAUCACCAUCCUCUUCUUUUUCGACCACGAAGUAAGCUCCAUCAUAUGCACAAUCGACAGAUACGGCACCCGCAAACCCGGCGGCUUCGCAUGGGACAUCAUCCUACUAGGCACAACAACGGCUCUCUGCGGAAUCCUGGGCAUCCCACCCGCCAACGGUCUUUUGCCCCAGGCUCCCCUGCACUCCGAAUCACUAAUGCAUUCGGAGCGAGAACAGCGCGCCGUCAUCAUAGAUGGCGAAGAGAAAGUCGAGACGCACGAAGUCAAGCGCGUUCACGAACAGCGCUGGUCCACUUUCUUGCACGCAGGGGCCAUCCUUCUUUUCGUCAGUCCGCCUUUCAUGAAAGUCCUCGGCUUAACGCCGACGAGUGUUCUUGCCGGACUAUUCAUGUUCAUGGGCGAGCAGAGUUUAUCGGUCAAUCCUAUAUUAUACCGAACCUUUUACCUUCUUACUCCGCCAUCUGAACUUCCGCCUCUACCAUCUUCUCUUGCGAAGAAACCCGACGAUGCCGACCUUAAUGACAACAGCACCCCACCACCCCCCUCCUACAUCCCCAUCCACCUAUACACUAUCCUACAGAUCGUGAUCACAGUGGCUAUCUUCAUCGUCACCCUGACAAGAGGUGCUCCUGCUUUUCCCGUUAUAAUCGUUGCCCUUGUCCCCUUUCGCCUGCUAGUAAUGAAAAACUGGUGGCCGCGCGAGGUCCUCCGCUUCGUCGAUGCCUGGGCUUGCCGAGAAGGCACACCUGAGGAUGAUGAGGAUGCAGAGGCAAAGAAGGAUGAGCUUAGCGGCGAUGAUAUCACCGGUCGUGCCGGCCAGGGUACCGAGACAGAUGGUAUUUUUUCCUCCCAGGUAGAUGAACUCGGAAGUAGGCCAUCGGGUUCGCAUCCUGGGUCGCCGGCUGUGAUAUCUAGAUCCACAUCUCAUCCUGGUGUGGUUGAUAUUGCGGAUCGGAGUGACUCUGGGCAGGAGUGGGUAGAGCUGGAGCAUCGGACGCGACAAGACGAGGAAUUGGGUCGGUCGAUCAAGGGGUGUUGA